AUGAAAUUUUUAUUAUUCGUAUCAAUUUUUAUACCAUUAGUAAUAUCCUCAAUUUUAUCUAAAAAAAAAGAAUUACUAAAGUUUGAGGAUGAUACUACUUUAACCUAUUACACAGCUAAUUUAAAGAGAGUUUAUGCAUGCAUGGGUUAUUUAUUUUAUAAUGAAACAAAAGCGAUAUUAUUUCAAGAUAAAAUAUUCGACAAUUAUAAAAAAAUUAAAAGCAAAUCUACACCAGAUGGAGGAUAUAAAAAUAAAUUUCAAAAGUUGAAAUAUAAAUACUUAAUUGGAGAAAAAAGAGCAGGAAAUUUUUAUGAAAUAAAUCCUUUUGUAGAAAGAUUUAGACAAAAAGCAUGGCCUAAAUGUUAUGAAUCUAAAGUUUCUUAUCAUUCAAAAUAUAAUACCUAUGCUAAAGGGGAAGCAAAAAAAUUUUUAAAGACUAAUAAAUAUUCUAGUUGUGUUAAUCAAACUAAAUUUAAGUGCGUUUAUUUGCCAAUACCAGCAGGUUUUGCUCAUACAGUUAUCAGUACAUUAUAUGAAAAAUUAUUGGCAUUUUAUAAUUGGGAAAAGAAUGUUUAUAAAUCAAAAUUAGAUACAGCAAUACAUUUAAUUUGGAAAAAAUUAAGAUAUAUUGGUGUUGGUUUUGCCCAAAAAGAUGGCUAUCUUAAUAUAUUUUUAACAUUUUCAUCUAAAGUUAAAAAUGAUAAAGACUACAAAAAAAACAUUCGACCAAUCUUGAAGAAAUAUAUUAAGCUUUAUGGAAAAUUACCUAGAAAAAAUAAAUUUGCAUACAAUUAUGAUCAUUAUCAUAAGAUUGGUAUUACCCCUUUAAAGUUAUAA